AAAAUUAUCCCAAGGAGAUAAUCCCCUCGGAUCAAAUAGAAAUCGUUCUCUCACUGGCCUAAAAUAACACGUGUCCCCACCGAGUUUCCAAAGCUUCCACACCGUAACCUUCCCUGCACCCGCCCCACCCCCCCCUCCCUCGGCCGGCUCUCUCUCACUCUACAGACGAACCAAACUGCAAAGAGAGCGAGAAGUUAGCUCGCGAUCAAAAAAAGGAAGAAACCAUGACGGAGGCUUCGAUAAGGCACAAGCCGGGCAUGACGAGCGUGAAGGACAUGCCGCUCCUCCAGGACGGCCCGCCCCCGGGUGGCUUCGCCCCGGUCCGGUUCGCCCGGCGGAUCCCCAACAAGGGCCCCAGCGCCGUCGCCAUUUUCCUCACCACCUUCGGCGUCUUCUCCUGGGGCAUGUACCAGGUCGGCAAGGGCAACAAGAUCCGACGGGAGAUCAAGGAAGAAAAAUACGCUGCACGCAGAGCUAUACUGCCCAUGCUUCAAGCUGAAGAGGAUGAAAGAUUUGUUAAAGAGUGGAAGAAGUAUCUUGAAGAAGAGGCCAGAAUAAUGAAGGAUGUGCCAGGUUGGAAAGUAGGCGAGAAUGUCUAUAACUCUGGAAAAUGGAUGCCUCCCGCAACUGGUGAGCUCCGUCCUGAUAUAUGGUAAGAUGGUUAUUUUGGCCACAAUGGUGCUUUCUUAGCUGAAACACUGUCUGUUUCCCCUCUUGCAUUUUUCUUGGUCACUGUGACAUUGUCCUUCAAGGUGAAUAAAAAUGUAUGUGAUAACAUUGUUCACAUGUAGAGAUAUGAUGAGAUUUCUGUUAGUGAUACCAUUGGGUUCUUUUCUAUUUACCUUAAAGUUUAGGACUAUGGUCCUUGUUUGUGGCAUAUGUUACUGGACUAAUGGGAUGAUAAUCAAUCUACCGCUACUAUGGCAUGAUAAACCUUCUUUUGUACUUUGCUUUCUAUUAUAAAGAUGCCAGGAGGUUUUCUGA